AUGAAGUUUGAAGUUGAGAAAAAAGAUUUAAAGGAAAAGAAGUCGAGACUUAGGGAAGUGCAGUUAGAAGAGACGAUACACAGGCGAAGAGAUGAUACACAUGCGCAGACAGCACCUGGUAGAUCCGUUGUGACGCAAAAUAUUUUUGUAAUUGGUGGAGUUGGACAAGAUGGAGAAAUUCUUAGAACUGUCGAGAAAUAUAUAUUUCAUGGCGGUAAACGGGUUCCCCUGCCUGAAAUGAACAUCCCUCGUUCGUUCAUGUCAUCUGUCGUUGUUGGUAAUGAAAUUGUUGUGAGCGGUGGGGAUACUGGGGCUGAGAUUACCGACACCAUCGAAACUCUGAAUCUUGGUGAAACUCCUUUAAGAUGGAAAACAUCUUCUGCGAAGCUACCUGUUCCCUUGUCAGGUCAUCAGACGGUUGUUUAUCAAGGAAGGUUGAUUGCAAUCGGUGGACAUAAUGGUGAUGAAGGAUUUAAUUCUGACAAGAUCUACGAGGUUUGUCUGACCCCACCUUAUUCCACCAAGACUUUGUGUUCAAUGCCCCAACCAAGGGCGGGGCACGGGGCAGAGUUGAUCGGCGACGAAAUCUUCAUCUUUGGUGGGACAAGAAAUGUGUCCGCGCCAAAUAAUGAGGUCUUGGUUUACAAUCUGGUUACGAGAGAGUUCAGAGUGAUGGAAAGUUUGCCUUACGCAGUUCAUGGAAUGGCGACGGUUUUUAAGUUGGGCAUUGUGAUGUUGCUGGGAGGUAUUGAUCAGAAUGAAGAAGAAUUGGAUCAAGUUAUCGCGUACAAUCCUCAGACAGGAGUGGUCUAUCCAUUACCAUCGAUGAAGGAGAAGAGGGGUAGUUGUUGUGCUGUGAGUCACCAAACCACCGGGUUUAUAGUAGUCUUGGGGAGUUCGCGGCGAAAUAUUAGGAGCCCGGAACGUUACGAUUUCCGAGACGGAACCUGGCAAGAUAUGCCUCCCUUAAAUAACCCUCGCGAACGCAGCACAAUGGUCGUAUCCCCAGUAAUUUUCGACUUCAUCGAGUGA